AUGCCCAACGGCAUCGCCAGUCUCAUCCUAGUAAACGCCGACAUGCUUACCAUGGAGUCGGCUCAUCCGAAGGCCGAGGCGAUCGCCAUUUGCGGCGAUCGCAUUGCAGCUGUGGGCAGCAAUGAAUCCAUACGGCUAUUGGCCACCGGCCGUACGAGACUGAUUGACUGCCAGGGCUUGACGUUGUUGCCGGGGUUCAACGACGCACAUUGCCACCUUCCCGGGCUGGCCCGUCGUCUGCAGGACUUGAACUGUUCGCCGCAACACGCCCCGUCCAUCGCCCGGCUGCAGGAUUUGGUGCGAGCGAGGGCGCGGACUUACGCCACAGGAGCCUGGAUUCGCGGAUUUGGAUACUACGACCUGCAGCUUGCCGAACGGCGUCAUCCCAACCGCCACGAUCUGGACAUCGCGUCACCUGACCACCCAUGCUGGCUGGAGCACCGCAGCGGUCACGCAGCGGUACUGAACAGCAGAGCGCUGGCGCUGGCGGACAUAGACGGGGAGACUCCCGACCCGCCGGGUGGGGUCAUUGAGCGUGACCCUGCUACAGGUGAACCGACCGGGGUCCUGUAUGAAAUGCAGGGCUUCCUUCGCGGACGGUUGGGCAGCACCCGAUCCCCCGAGGAGUUUGACGAAAGCAUGCGGGCCGCGGGUGAAUUGCUCCGAGGCUACGGCAUCACCUCGGUACAGGACGCUGGCCACGACAACGGUGUAGACCGGUGGGGUACUCUUCAGAGACUGCGGGCAGACGCGGCGCUAUCGUGCCGGAUCACGAUGUUUGCCGGAGUUGAACGGUUGGAUGAGUUGGUGUCUUCAGGUUUGGUCUUUGGUUCUGGGGAUCAUUGGCUGCGCCUGGGACACGCCAAGAUCCUGCUGACCCUGUCCUCAGGCUCCCUCCACCCGUCGCCGACAGAGUUGGAGGCGCUUGUCUCAGAGUCCCACAGGACGGGCUUCCCUGUGGCUAUUCACUGCAUUGAGGAAGCCGCCAUCGCGGUGGCUGCUGCGACGUUGAGCGACAACGGACACCCCGACUUCUUUGACCGGAUCGAGCACUGUGCGGAGGGCGCUCCGGGUCUGGUCGAUGCCAUCGGACAAUGUGGAGCGACAGUGGUUACUCAACCGGGGUUCCUGUACCACAGCGGGGCAUCCUAUCGCGUGGACGUUGAGGAACGGCUGCUGCCGCACCUGUAUCCGGCGGGGGCCCUGGCGCGGUCCGGCGUAACGAUUGCCUUUGGUUCGGACGCUCCUGUCAUCGACCCCAACCCCUGGCCGGGGAUUUACAGCGCUGUAACCAGGUGCGCGUCAGACGGGAGGCCUCUGAGCGGCACAGGCACCGGGGAGCAAGCUCUUGAUGUCUGGCAGGCUUUGCGGGCAUACACACUGGGCUCGGCUGAGGCGGAAGGCACUUCGACAGUGAAAGGUUCGUUGGCCGCCGGCAAACUGGCUGACUUCGUUUUGGUGGAUACCGAUCCCCUGAGCAUAGACUAUGAGGCACUUCCGAACGUUAAGCCGUUGAUGACGGUUGUUGGCGGCACGGUAGUUUGGGACAACAGAUAG